CACACCUAUUAAUUAUUUUUAAUUUAAUUAUAAUCAAUUAAUUAUUAGUAUUACAAUCAUAGUCACUCAUUAUUUCUUGUAUACGUUUUAGUCACAUAUCAAUUUUUAUUGUAAUCAAUCCUUUCACUUGUAAUUAUAUGAAUCAUAGUACUCUUUUCUCCAAAGCAUUAGUUCUCCGCCUUCAGCCAUUGAUUUCGUCAAAAUAGGAACAGGGAAUCCCCAAUCCGGUUGUCUCUUUAGUUCGUAUAUGUGAGCUGUACUGGCUGGACCUUGUCUUGAAGUACUCAAUCAUCUAGAGGAAUCUCGAUCGCCAAUUCCGUGCAGCUGUUGUCGGGUCCCGGAGAGAUUUCGUGAUCCCGACCGUCUCUGGUGUCGUAGUUGAAGCACCUCUCAAGCAAAAUCCCUAACCUUUUUUUCUUAUUCCACUGAUUAUUCUCCUGGACUUGUGCCUUCUCGUUGUCUUUUCAAUUGCUCGACUUUCCCCGCGCAUGUGUCGCUUUGAAUUGGUUACCUAGUUGAUUGAUUCUAGGGUUUCAAGAACGUGAUUAAACUUAUAUUUAUUAUUCCCCGGCCAUUGCUCUCGCCUCUCGCGGCAACAAGUUUAUAUUUUGGAAGACUGGAUUGGAAUUGUUUAAAUGGCCAAGCUUUAAUAUUCUGGAAUCAGGAUAAUUAGAGGAGUCAGUACUGACGAGUUUCAUUGAAUGUGUAAUAACACAGGCAAACCCUCUUGCCACUUAGAAUCUCCUGGUGUUCUCUUUGGUGGUUUGUUCUUUUACUGAUACAAGUGAUGACCCAAGAGCUUGUAUGCUAAGAUUGGACUUUUUUCUCCUUCUGUAGAAGUAGAACAAAGAUUGGACUCUUUAUUCUGUUAUAAUCUUUGUAUUCGAUUGUUUUCUCUUUUGGUAGCCGGUCGCAGUGGUGAAACCAGUUGACAUCUCAAACGAUAUUCCCAGCUACCGGUUCCAACGCACAGAUCGAUGGCUGCCAGUUUAUUCAUUUUGGUUUUAUGUACAAUGAAGAAAUUCUCGGCCCUUGCAGCACCUCCUUCCUGCGAGAGUGCGAGAGAUCGAGCUCAGAAACCCUAGAACCUAGAGAGACCAGUCUGCCUCAUUUGGGUUUGGAAGAUGGCAAAACUAUGAUCUACAAAUAAGGAGGACGGCUGGAUUUUCAUGGCAGUUAUGGGAAUUGAAGAUUGAGAAGGAGAAAGAAUAAUUGGGAUAUUCUCGUCCGUCCAGGUGGCAGGGAGGCAUAUGAGAUGGAGACUAGAUGUAGUCUCCCUCGUGACGACGAAGACCAAGGAGAAGAAUAAAGAGGAUGAAAAAUGGAACGAGGUAGGGGAUGAAUGCAAGGUUGUUGUCGUUUAAGGGUAUAGUAGUGCAUUCCGAAAGAAGAAGUUAAAUGAACUUGGAUGGAUUGUUAGUCGGUUACAAAUGACGAUUGAACUAGUUAAGAAAUUUGUAUGUUAAAUCUGAUUAGCAAAAAAAUAAGGUACUAUAAGUCUUGCGUUGGAUAACUUAAAUGAUUGGUUUAAGCAUAAUGAUGAUAAAAAAUAAUUUUGGACUAAAUCGUAUAUGAAAUUAGAUUAAUAGGUGUAGUUGUAAUUAUGAUUUUUAUUAAUUAUUUAUUUAAUUAUAAUUAAUAAAAAAAUAAUAAAUAAGUGUGAAAAGCCUGAACCAUAUAUAUAUAUAUAUAUGGGGAGUUCUACGGUACCCAGGGUGAAAUCCGGGGUACCGCAUACCUUGAGUAUGAAAAUGCUACCUAGACCUCGAAUUAGCAGGAUUUUUGGGCAUGAUACUAUACCCUAACCUUUAAAGAUCAAAAUCUAGGUCUUAAUUCUCUAAAUCUUAUACACCAAGAUCAAUUUAAUUAGAAACAAUAAUCGACGAUUAUGAUUCGUCCAAAUAUAGGCAAAAAAUUCAGUGCACCAGCUUAGGGUUUAUAGUUUAUGAUUUAGAUAAUUAGAUAUGGUAAUGACUGGUGUACGUCAGGCGAAUACUAUACGUCAGGUGAUCUAACCAUUAGUUGUAUUUAGAUAAGCUCAAGCCGAUCUCAAUGCCAAUUUUUGUUUUUCAUUAAAUCAAACUUCGGGUUGAGGUUUCGAAAAUCGAUGUCUGGAAUUUAUCCAUUAGAGGUUAUAUAUAUUAUCAUACUCGGAAUUUGAUUUAAUUCAUGGUCUAGAUAGAGAUAUCUCUCUAGUAGUACCUGAUGUAUAGUAUACGUCUGACGUACGCCUGUCCGACCCGGUGGUAUAUAUAUAUAUAUUUAUUUAAGUACAUCUGACAGUUAGAUCACCUGCUGUAUAGUAUACGCCUGACGUAUACCAGUCAUCACCAUAUAUAUAUAUAUAUAUAUAUAUAUAUAUAUAUAUAUAUAUAGUGGCGUAUUCAGUGUACCCAAUUUUUUGGGUUCAUUCAAAGCACUCACAUCAUAAUCAUCCUUUUAAACUUGUGAUUAAUGUCAUAACGAUGUCAAUCAUCACUUAUGACAUGUGAAAAAUAAAGCACAUGAAUUUGCACAGUAAACAUCCAAGAUUUACUUUAAUUUGAAAGAUUUAGAGUUUAGAGAUUUAGGGUUAGGGUUAGAGUUUACAAUUUGGAGUUUAGGGAUAGAAUUCAAAAUUGGAGGACUAAGGCUUAGGGUAAUUCCUAAAUUAGCUGUGAUUAUAUGGUAUAUCAUCAUAUUACACUAGUUCUAUAAAUUUAAAUUCAAAAUUUGACACCUUAAAACUAGUUUUUUAAUGGGGUACAUUGACACGCUCAUUUUUAAGGGAUCGUCUUGCUCAUACAAGACAACAAAGAAAUCUUACACGUACCUUUCUAUGAUUGCAUUGUUUUCCACUCGCAUACAUAUAUGCACAAAUGUGUCUCACAUUCUCAACGUUUACCCUCAAAAUAGGAUAAACACCGCCAUUUAUAUCCAAGUAUGCAAAUCAACUUCUAGCAACAGAAAAAUGCAAAUCAAUAGUAUAUACAAUGAGUAAUUAGAAUAUUAAAAUAAGAGAUCAGUUAUUAAAAAAAAAAGUAUGCAAAUCACUGCAGAAGAAAUGUGAUCUACUUCCAGGAAAUGCUAUUGUGGUCGGAUAUCGAAGAUGAAAUGUUACUGUCGGAAAAUAAAUUGUGAUGCAAGGGUAUGGUGAAAUUAUUGAUAAAAAUAUGUUAGUAUGGUUUAAUGUCUACUUUUAAUCUUUCUCUAUAAUUCAAGUUAUUGGAGUUAUCGAGACUAUUUUUAUUUCGGACAUGUGCAAACCUAAAUUAAUCCAGUGGUAAACAAUGGUGAGGUUGGAUUUUUGUCUCAAAUUGAUCCACUCGCUAAUUACUAUCGAGAUUGGACGAAUCAGCAAGGCUGAUCAGUAACCUAAAACUCCUAAGCUUGGGGUUUCUCCCAAUUAGUUUAUUAUAAAGAUGAUGAGAAAUUAAGCUGUCUAUCCCAUUCCAAAUUAAGAUAUAUAAUAUUGCAAGCAAUUACCAAAUUCAUCCAUCUCCCAACAUUAUAAAGCUGUAGCCGCUUCACUCAGAACACAUACUACCUAGCUACCUUACUAACCACAACGUACAGUUAGAGAUCGAGAGAUGGGCGUGCAGGUUGGUCGCUUGGAUGCUCAAAUGGCCACUCUAGUGCUGAUGUCGACACUAAUUCUGACAAUGAUCAACGUAGGCUUCCACGGCGGUGUAAUCAUCAUCACCGCCGCCCUGGAUCCAAUGUGCGGUGCCUCCAACGAAUGGUUUUGCAGUUCGACCGACUUCGAUAUGUCAAAUGCUCAGCAAAUAGUAUUACCGAAGCUGGGCAGAUCUGCAGCAACGUGCCAGCCGGCCUUCACCAUGCGUCAUCCUCGUCGACCAACAAUACUAGUCGCCUACAUUCAUUCUUCUUGUGCUGAUGCCAGUGAUCCCAACUGCGGUGAUUGCUUAACUAGAGCGACUCAAAUAAUGCGCGAGUAUUGCCCGGGCAAAGAUGGAGCUCAGUACGGGACGGAAGAGUGUUGUGCUCGCUACGAGAAGAACAGGUUCUGUUGAGCUUAAUUAACUAAUUAAGAAAUGCUAUAAUAUUGUGGAUGUUGUCCGAGCCAGGGUUUGUAGUAUGCUCUGCUCUUUCAUGGCAGUUCGCGGCUGCAUACAUGAAACUACAGAGUAUGGUAAGAGUCAGUCUUAUAUUCAAGUCAUGGUUCCUUCCAUGUCUUUGGACUUGCCUUUAUUAUAACAAAACAAAAACAAAAAUGAAGCCUCCUCAUAGAUAUAUGUAACGGGGAAGAGAAGAGAUACAUCCUAAAUAAAACUAUGAGUUACUAAUACUUAUUGUUUUAGUUUUUAUUUUUAUUUUUAUUUUUAUUUUGAAGGAUAUGAAAAGCGAUUUUCUGUGGAGCGAGCUUAUCAUAUUCUCGUGGGUCAAUCAAAUAAAAUGUAUAAUAAAUUCAAAUUUCCGAA